AUGGACAAUAAAGAAAAUCAGGACACAAACGCUGAGGAGGCAACCAAGGAAGAAAAUCAAGAGGCCGAAGCUAAAAAUAAUGUUGAUAAAAAAACUGUUAUACCUUUGCCAGAAGACGCUGGGCCUUCGAGGACUGAGAAUUUGCCUGGAUCUGUCUGCAGUCCGAAGGUUCACAGAGCUGGACUGUCCAAAUCAGAGCACAGUAUCGCCCAAAUCAUAACUCGCCAAGACGUUGCAAACGCUUUAAAGCUGACCUCACUCAGUUUCGGCACGUCCAACCCUCCAGUGAAGAACAUUAACUUCAAGGAUCUAAAGAUCCCAUCUAUAGACAAGAACGAUGAUGCUUCCAAGGUAGAUUCAGCCACUAUGAUGGAUUUGAAGCGUUUCAUGGCAACUUGCUUCAAAUUCAACAAAGAAGGUCCAAAUAUAACCACAGUACCUGAGGUUCCAGUAUGUGCAAUCAACACAGUUGUGAAUGAAAUCCAGGAGAUCCCUAAUUCAAGCUGCAUCACCGCGAAUGCUCAAACCGAUGAUCCUACAUUACUGAAACAAACUACACCUAAUGAACCGAAGAUAUCCAAAGCUGGGGCUGAUAAGAAGAAGACUUCAGGCAGUUUGUCUGAAAGAUCUGACCUGGGUCUGACGACUAGAGACUCGCUGUCCAGUAUUGGGUCUAAUGUCUGCAGAAUUUGUAUGACGCGAGGACGUGAAAGAUUAAUAUCCCCGUGUAACUGCAAGGGGUCGCUAGCCAACGUCCACUUGUCCUGUCUUGAGAGAUGGCUGAAUCAGGUUGGCAGGAACCACUGUGAACUAUGCGGAUUCAGCUACCCUGCAAUUCGCACGCCGCGCUACACGGUGCUACAGGCGCUGCGGCUAUGGUUCGGCAACCCGCGGAAUCGCAGCCAUUUGCAGUCUGACUGCCUGAUAUUCUGGUUGCUGUCGACGGUAACGGCUGGUCUGCUGGCGGUCUGUAUCGUCGGCACCCAGUACUUUGUGAUUGAGGGCAACAAAUUUGGUAAGCCCGAGUUACCUAGGAAGGAAGAAGGAAUAUCGCACCGCAUUACGGAAACCGCAAUGGAUUUUUUCAUGGCCGUAGUUCUUUGCGGGUACUCAGUUACCGUUUACCUGUUGUGGAAAGACCAUUACGUCAUGUGGAAUCGCUGGAGACGAGCCAAUGUCAACGUGAGACUCCUGCUCUCCCCGGAUUCAAACCCAGUACCAUUUGUCCCUAGGCCUAGAUAUAAUGUCGUUUAGUAUCUCUUUUUAUACUGUUGGAGUUGUUAUAUUUAAUUAAAUGGCUUAAUAUGUAACGUUUGUAUCA